UCCUCUCAACUCAGUGCCGCUUGUCCGCUCCACUUGUUAGGUUUGUAAUAGAGAUGAAUGAUGAACAGGACCGGUCCUAUAGAUGCAGUGCUCCUGGCUGCUCGCAGCGGUUCCAAACAGAAGACCACCUGAUGAUCCACAGACACAAGCAUGAGAUGACCCUCAAGUUCUCCUCGACCAAGGCUGAUCCCCUCGCAGACCAGACCCCAACGCCGACACGUUUCCUGCGUAACUGUGAGGAGGUGGGCCUCUUCAAUGAGAUCGAACAAGAGUUCCGCCAGGCACAGGAAGAGCAGAACAUUAAACAGACUCAGAGUCUCCCUCAGAAUGGAUCAUCAUGUGUGAACCAGCCCCAGCCCCACUCCCAACACCAACCACAGUCCCAUGGUGGUAUGAGGGGUCUAAGCUGCAGCAUGGCUGGACAGCAAGCACUGCCCUCUGCCCAGUCCAACUCAGUCAUCACCCAGGCCCACUCCAUGCUCACACACUCAGGACCUGUCCCUGGGCCCCUCUCCUCCCUACUGCACCUGAGGAACAACAGACAGAGACAGCCCCUGGCCGCCUCCAUGCCUGGCACCCUGCCAGACCCAGCCAUGCAGGGAGCAUCUGCCCAGCAUAUGUCUAUGGAAAGACAGAUGUCUAUGGGAUCCAGUAUGAUGAGCAUCCAAGGUCCCGCCCACAACUCUUCCUGCUCUUCACCUCAGAGAGCUAAAACCGUGGGUCACCACCACCAACACCAACACCCGGGAGCUGUCGCCAACGGCAACAUGGGUCCCACCAUGGGUAACAUGAUUGAGAUGUCACCGCGCCAACGGCACACUCAACUGCAGCAGCAGCAUCAUCAGCAACUGCAGCAGGCUCCGCCCAUCUCCUACCAGCAGCACUGCCACGCCCCUCCACAUCACCUGGGAAACGCCCACAGCCUGGGCCACCAAUCAGGGAACGUGCCACAUCAUCCGGUUCACCAAUCACCUCCCUCGCACCUGCAGGCCAGCCACACCCACCAGACCUCGCCUCACCUGCCCCUCCACUCCAUAGCUGCUCAGUUGUCUCCAGCAGCACAGCAGAUGCAUUCAUCCCAGCAGACACAUUCCCUGCAUGCAGGCCAGGCGACUGGAGGACGUCGCAGGAGGUCUGUGGACCAGGACCCAGACGAGCGCAGGCAGAAGUUCCUGGAACGCAACCGAGCUGCGGCCACGCGAUGCAGACAGAAGAGGAAGGUCUGGGUGUCUGCUCUGGAGAAGAAGGCAGAGGAGCUGACGCACAACAAUAUGCAGCUGCAGAAUGAGGUGACCACUCUGAGGUCAGAGGUUGGCCAGCUGAAGCAGAUCCUGCUGACCCAUAAAGACUGUCCUGUCUCCGCCCGCCACAGAGAAUCACAGGGGUACCUCAGUCCAGGGAGUUCGACAGGAAGUCCCUCCCCCCUGUGUCCCGGGUCGCAGCAGCAGGCCAUCCAAUCCAACAGCAUCUCCACCUCCUCAGCUGGAGGGGGCGAUGGAGCGCACAGCAAUUAAAAACUAAAGCGCGGGUGGGUGCGCAUGUGGUUCGGAACAUAGAGUUGGAUAGAGAGCUUCCAAUAAUGUCCCAGGAGACAAACUCUCUAGUACACCUCUAUGGUUCAGAAUCAACCCCCCUCCAAUUAAGUACAGGAUGUAGUUCCUCCUAAACACUGAGCUAAAGUCAGUUAUGUGUUUCCCCCCUAAUGGUUAAGGUUAGGAUGGGGAAGGGUGAGCUGAUCCUUGAUCUGUGGUUAGAGGCAACUUCUACCUGGAAUCAGGGAUUAAACCCUAGGUGGGUGCAUCUCAUUAGUCUUAAAUGGCUCCCUCUCCUGGUCUCCUAGCCUCUAUGGACACAUGUAUAGCAGAACUGGACUGGUCUCUAUAAGCCUUACAUCUCCGGUAGGUUUGCAAAAUUCCGGUAACUUUCCCAACCGUGAUUUCUGGAAAACCUGUGCAUUUUGGGAAAGUUACCAGUGUUUUUGCAACCCUAGUCUCUGUCUCUCUAACUGUGUGAUCAUAGUCACCUGUGAACUGGAUCGUAUUGUGUCUGGGGGAAUCAGUCGACCAAUGUGUCUCAGUUAGUGGGAAAUCAGACAUCCAAGUACUGUGCUAUCUAUUCCAGGACUGCUUCAUGGUGCUGUGUCUGCAAACAUACUUGUUAUCAUAUCACCUUUUUCUUAGUGGCAGUUUUUUGUUGUUGUUGAAUGCGUCGGAGUUGGGUCUUGUAACUUACACCAUGACUAGGACCAGGAGUUUCUCCAGGAACAACUCUGGGGCUUAAAAAUAGCCUGUUACUAUGGACCAGAGUUUUACCUAGUCAGGUCACUGGGUCAGGUUAAACUCCUGGCUCUAACCAUGACUAAAUAAUGUUACUACAUUGCGUAUGUGUUUGUGUAUGGUUGUAUGUGUAACAUAGGCCUCUCUGAAAUGCAGAACGUGAACGAAAACUAAUACAAAUGUACAUUUUAUACAAAUUUAUAUCAAGUCCUAUGAAUAGGAUGCCCUUGUUUUGUAACAAUGUAAUGCAAAGCCUCUUUUCCCUUUGAAAGUAUUACAAUGUUUGUACAUACAUUAAGUUGGGCCUAGAGUUUUCCUUGACCAUGUCACUUGACCAAGAUAACUCCUGGCCCUUUGUUUAACCUCUGUAAAGCACUUACUAGUUUCCAACAGUGUAUUUAUCAUGUAAACUAGGCUCACACAGUACGUUGGCCUAUAUCCUGUAUCUAUGUUUCCUUCUGUGUCUGUAUUGUGAUUUGUUUUGUUUCAUGUUUUUUUUUGUACAGAUAUUGACAAUCGCUACAAACCUAAUACGAAAAUAAAAGCACUUAUUCUCUGGUA